UUAUUAAUAUCUAAACAAAAAUGGAUAAAAAUCUAACAAACCUGUUUUUCGAGGUAGCAAAAAAAGUCGAGUGGGAAGAUUUUGAAAUAUUAAAUGACUCGAAUAAUGCUGAGGUGAAUGGAUUUUUGAGUGACUUUUUCUUAGUGUCAAUAAGAAAUCCAAUAAGCAAAGAUGUUUUACAUUUAGCCGUAAAGAAAGCGUUAAAAAAUGAGGGAAGAAGAAUGGAAACGAAUCUCACUACAGCGUAUCACAAUGAAAUUUACUUUUAUGAUACCGUAUUCCCAGCAUUGAAAACAUUUUUAGAUAGAAAAAAUGUAACUGAACAGUUCGAAUUUAUUCCAAGAAUGUAUGCAUGUAGUAAAAUAUUCGGCAAUGAGGUUUUAAUAUUGGAAAAUCUGAAAAUAUUGGGGUACCAAAUGAUGGACACAUCAUUAGUAUUCAACGAGGAACAACUCAUAUAUGUUUUUAUGACUUAUGGAAAGUUACAUGGAUUAUCAAUUAGCUUCAAAGAGCAACAUCCAGAAGAGUAUUCUAAAAUAAUGGAAAAAGUUCCACAUUUCUUUUUAAGUAUGGAGGACAAAACUGGCAUUAGUGGUGUAAUGCAAAGUGCUAUAAUAGCUGCAUUUGAAUUUGUAGAUGAAGACAUAAGAACAAAUUGUCAUCACUACAUAUCUGAAACCAAUAAAAUGUUUUGGAAAAGUAUGGAGUAUAAAGGUAAAUAUACGGUUUUAAAUCAUGGAGAUUGUUGGAGCAAUAAUAUGAUGUUUAAAUACAAGGACAAAAAAUUAGAGAGUAUAAAACUGAUUGACUUUCAAAUGAUAACGGAUAGUUCACCAGUAUAUGAUUUAUCGUGUAUGCUCUAUACUAGUGCCAGAAUUGAAGAUAUAAAAAAUUUAGAUAAAUAUUUAAAAAUAUAUUAUACUACAUUCAGUAAUACUGUUAAAUCGCUGGGAAGUGAUCCCGAAGCACUUCUGCCAUACGAAGUAUUAAAGGAAGACUGGAAAAAAUAUUCUAAAUUUGGUAUUCAGUUUGGUAUAAUGGUUCAUAAAUUGAAAUUAAUGGACGGAAAGGACAUGUUGAAAGUAGGCAGUGAUGAUAAAAUGUGGAAAGAAGUUGCUGCCAUUAAACUUACUAAGGAGAAACAGGAAAUAUUUCGAGAAAGAGUUAAACCUCUUGAAGUGUCUUAUAAAAAUGGAUACUUGUAGAACAGUCACUUCAUAUAUUUUAAUAAAUAUUUGCACAGAUUUUGAAUUUGCUUUUAAAAUAAUUAUUAUAAAUUAAUAAUUAAUGGUAAAAUAUGAAGUUAUUAGUUGUAAA